AUUGAUAUCCGUUGUCUUAUAGAAACUCAGGGCGAAGCUACAGCCAGGCUUCGAACGCUCCGCCGGAGCCACCGCCGUUCCUCCACCGCGUCGGAAAAUUACGGAAAUGAGCUCAGUUUGUGGAUCGGAGCUUCUUCCGUUGUCUUUGGUUCAUCGCACCUUUGCUGUCGGACGACAGUGUCAGAUAAUCGAUCGGUUUUGUUUUCCCGGCCAGAAGGUUAAUCCGAUUUCCGAUUCUCUCCACGUGUCUCCCAGGCGGAGGGCUGUUUUUUUCGCCGCUAGCUCUACCCUGAUUCCCAACGCUGUUCCGGCGAGGAAUGGAGUUUAUACUGUUGGUGAAUUUAUGACCAGGAGAGAAGAUCUGCAUGUUGUCAAGACCACCACUACUGUGGAUGAAGCUUUGGAAAAGCUUGUGGAGAACAGAAUAACAGGUUUUCCUGUGAUUGAUGAUGACUGGAAAUUGGUUGGUCUUGUGUCAGACUAUGAUUUAUUAGCACUGGACUCCAUUUCAGGUACUGGAAGAGCCGAUGCAGACAUGUUUCCUGAAGUUGACAGCACUUGGAAAACAUUCAAUCAAGUGCAAAAGCUUCUGAGCAAAACUAACGGAAAAGUGGUUGGUGAUUUGAUGACACCAGCUCCAGUGGUCGUACAAGAAUCAACCAAUCUCGAGGAUGCUGCAAGACUGCUGCUUGAGACAAAAUAUCGGCGCCUUCCUGUUGUCGACAGCGAUGGAAAGCUGGUUGGAAUAAUCACAAGAGGUAAUGUCGUAAGAGCUGCGCUGCAAAUCAAACGAAGCAUGGAAACGUCAUGAGCUCUCGAUUAUAUUAAUCUACUGCAGCUCAUCGACUGGAAAUGAUUAGUUAGGUGACAUCAUAUAUAGCACAAGUCCUCUUGCAAUGUCUGAAUAUAUUUUGGGCCAUCUUUUCGCCAAGGUAAGAUUGAGCUAAGGUAAUAUCGGUGGAAAUUUUAUUAUUGAGAUGUAAUGGAAAAUGAUAUGUGUGGCCUUGUGGUGUCGAUCCCCUUCAAUAUAUUGGCUUUCUGAUGAAA